GUCGGGUUCCUUUGUUGAAACCCAUUUAGUUGCCUUGUUUUCCAAGCAGAACCCAAAGCUUGGGAACUUAUCUGCUUGCUACGGGAAGCCUUCGCAGUUUAGAGCCGCGAUCACGCCGCGAUCCUGAAGAAGUGCGAGAGUGGGAGAUCGAGAAGGAAUGGCUAAAGCUUCUGUGGAUGCUCGAACAAAAGGUGGCUUUAGUUUUGAUUUGUAUCAAAGAAAUGAAAUGCUGCUGAAAAAAGGCCUUCAAUUACCAAAGUUUAGAAAAACUGGAACUACCAUUGUUGGCUUGGUUUUUCAGGAUGGUGUCAUUCUUGGAGCUGAUACUAGGGCGACUGAAGGGCCUAUUGUCGCAGAUAAGAAUUGCGAAAAAAUACAUUACAUCGCACCAAAUAUUUAUUGCUGUGGAGCAGGAACUGCUGCUGAUACUGAGGCAGUAACAGAUAUGAUUAGCUCUCAGUUGCAGCUUCAUCGCUAUGCAACUGGUAGGGAGUCAAGAGUUGUUACUGCACUUACACUUCUUAAAUCACACCUUUUCGGAUAUCAAGGUCAUGUUAGUGCUGCGCUGGUUCUUGGUGGAGUUGAUGUUACAGGACCGCAUCUUCACACGGUGUACCCUCAUGGUUCAGCUGACACCCUGCCUUUUGCAACAAUGGGCUCUGGUUCUCUUGCUGCAAUGGCAGUCUUUGAAUCAAAAUUCAGAGAGGGUCUUACUAAAGAUGAAGGAAUAAAGCUAGUAUCUGAAGCAAUAUGCUCUGGUAUAUUUAAUGAUUUAGGCAGCGGAAGCAACGUUGAUGUUUGUGUAAUAACCAAGGGGCAAACUGAGUACUUGAGGAAUCAUCAGUUGCCAAACCCCAGGACCUAUACCAGUACAAGAGGUUAUAACUUCACCAAGGGUCACACUGAGGUACUGACUACCAAAGUCACCCCGUUGAAGUCCAAGAAGCAAGCAGCUGAGGUUGACGCGAUGGAGGAAUGAUUGCUGUGCCUCCCACUGUACUAAAUUGGACAUGAUAGUGGUUGUGUGCUCACUAUGAAAUUUUCUUGUUAUGCUGCCUCAUGGCGUGCAAACUUCAAUUUGUAGUUCCACUGCACUUAUUUUCAAAACACAACAAACGUUUUACUGGAAUUUAUUCAGUAGCUGCUAAUCUAUCGAAGCUUUGGAGGUAUUGAUGCUA